AUAAUGGAUGCACAUAAUCAUUCCACAGUGACUCACUUCUUCCUUGAGGGUCUAACAAAUGAGCCAAGGUUUCAACUCCCCUUGUUCAUUCUCUUCUUUCUUAUCUAUUCAGCCACUGUAGUGGGAAACUUGUGCAUGAUCCUAUUAACUGAAGUGAACACUCACCUUCACACCCCAAUGUACUAUUUCAUUAGAAACUUGUCCUUCAUUGAUCUCUGUCAUUCCACUGUUAUUACCCCUAAAAUGCUGGUGAGUUUUGUGUCAGAAAAAAAUAUCAUCUCCUACAAUGAGUGCAUGACUCAGCUCUACUCCUUCCUCAUUUUUGCUAUUGCUGAGUGUCACUUGUUGGCAGUGAUGGCAUAUGAUCGCUAUGUUGCCAUUUGCAGUCCCCUUCUUUAUAAUGUUCUGAUGAACUAUCAGGUUUGCUCCAAGCUCAUGGCAGGAGUGUACUUUCUGGCAAUUAUUAGCUCCACAAUUCACAUUGGCUUUAUGCAGAGAGUGUUGUUUUGCAAAGCUGAUGUCAUCAACUGUUACUUCUGUGAUCUCUUACCACUUCUGAGCCUCUCUUGCUCCAACACAUAUGUAAAUGAACUUUUGGUCUUGUACUUAAGUGCAUUUAACAUCUUCACGCCAACUCUGACUAUCCUUACCUCCUACAUCUUCAUCAUCACCAGCAUUCUUCGGAUCCGUUCCACUGAGGGUAGGUUCAAGGCCUUCACCACCUGUAGCUCUCACAUUGCUGCAGUUGCUCUUGCUUUUGGCUCUGCCAUGGUUGUGUACCUGCAGCCAUCGUCGGCUCAUGCCAUGACUCAGGGCAAAGUGUCCUCUGUGUUUUAUACUAUAAUCUUACCUAUGUUGAACCCUUUGAUCUAUAGCCUAAGGAACAAAGAUGUCAAAUAUGCUCUGAAGAAAACAUAUGAGAGAAUAAGGUUCUCAUGA